AUGGACCCAGGCAUUGAUCCUGGAGACAACACGUACACCGCACCGCACCAGGUUGGAAAAGCCUACAUGUGGAGAAUAAGACACAUCGCUAUUCGGUUAGACCUAGUCGACGAAAUCGACGUUCUCAGGAUCUUUCAAAAAGCAGCGAAGGAGAAGCACGAUAUUGCCGACAAGAAAUUGGAGGAGGGCGUGGAGGAUCCCAAACCCUACGACGAAGUGAACCAGUUCUGGACGAAGAUCAAUAAGAUCCUUGAAAAGAGUCUGGAGUACAUAAAAGUGUGUAGCGAUGCAGACAAUACUAUAACAGAGGAGAAGCACCGGAUUCAUCUUGCCUCGCAGAUCCAGCCUGAAGAUAAUGACGAGGGCGUGGUGGCAGGUAGUGCUGAAAUGCGGUUGGGACUUUACAGGCAGUGGUUUGACGUUUCGAAACAAAGGUUUCUAGACUCCCUUGAUCCGACAAAGAAUCCAGAACUAGAGGAAUUGUUGAAGGAAAUCCAGUGUUCGGACACCAUGUGACUUGGCCGAUAAUUCAUACCACUUGUCUUUAUGGGCUGGCUUGAGGAGAGAUGAGGUGAAAUGAGAAAUGAGAAAUGAGGAUAGUUGAGUAUUCAAAACAGGGAGAAAGAGGCUCU